AUGUUGUGCACGGCAGGCUCCAGACGCACGAGGCUCAUCGUUCUCACGACGUUUCUGGUGAUCGUGACCUUGUACCUGGGCUUGAACCUCGAGGACGGAUCGAACCCCUACGAUCUCGGAUCGUACACUGAUCUUGUCCAUGGGGGCGGUGGCACUCGUCCUUCAUCCAGUGGCGAGGGAGUAACUUCCCAGAGCCCGCAGUCACAAUCGCAGUCAGCGCCAUCUGUGCGGCCUCCAUCUUGUCUCAAGUUUGAGGACCUGCUAAGCAGCCGACCGGGGCCGUACUCCAACGGCAAGCGGAAGUUCCCGCUGGUGCGUCCGCCGCCGGAAUGCCGGACCUUCAGGCUCCCGUCCCUCGAGGCGCUGCUGGAGCGCAUGAAGGGGGUCAUCAAGGACCCGGACCUGUAUCGGCUGUUUGAGAACAACUACCCAAACACGCUGGAUACCAUGAUCAAAUGGAAGGGUUACGCGAGGGAACCGGCGGCACCAACAGCCAUGGCCGACGGCGACCAGGAGCAGCAGCCAGAAGUCGGAGCUCAGCUCGGACCAGAGACGGACGAGGAGCUCACCUACGUUAUCACGGGCGACAUCGACGCCAUGUGGCUGCGCGACUCGGCGUCGCAGGUAUACUCGUACCUCCCUCUGCUCGAGGCAGACAAGUCUCCCGACUCCCUCGCCAGCCUGUGGAGGGGUGUGAUCAACUUGCACUCGCGCUUCCAGCCACCCGCCGAGUCCGGGAUCCCACCGACGCGCAACGGGGCCUUUGAGCACAACAACCCGCAGCCGGGCUACGACCCCCGGCUUGUGUACGACUGCAAGUGGGAGCUGGACUCGCUGGCGUCGUUCCUACAGAUCUCGGUGGGCUACCACCAGCGCACGGGCGACCUGGCCUUCUUUGGCCGGUACCAGUGGGCCCAGGCCGUGCGGGCCGCGGUCGACGCCGCCGCCGCCAUGACGCUGGGGACGUACGCUGCCGACGGCAAGACGGAGAAGUCGGCGUGGACCUUUAUGGGCUGGACGAACCGCGGCACCGAGACUCUGACCAACGACGGGAUGGGCAACCCGACGCGGGCCAACGGCAUGGUGCGCACCGCGUUCCGGCCCAGCGACGACGCCACCAUCUUCCAGCUCCUGGUCCCGGCAAACAUGAUGUUUGCAAAGUACCUCGAGGAGGCCUCGCUCAUCCCCGAGGCGCUGUCGUCGACCACCGACCGCGCCGCCGCCGCCGGCACAAAGCGGGACGAGGGGCUGGUGCGGCUUGCGGCCGACAUGCGGGCGCUGGCAAAGGGGAUCCGUGAGGGCAUCGCGCGGGACGCCGUGGUGAGGCACCGCCGGUUCGGCGACAUGUUCGCCUACGAAGUGGACGGGUUCGGCGGGGCAAACCUCAUGGACGACGCCAACGUGCCGUCGCUGCUGGCCAUGCCGCUGUGGAACUUUUCCCAAAGGGGCUGGGGCGGCGGCGGCGGCGGCGGCAGCGUCGUCGGGGCCGCCAACGCGACGUGGGAUCCGCUGGCGGAGGAGCUCGCGAUCAACAGGAUCUACCUGAACACGCGGCGGUUCGUGCUCAGCGAUGCGAACCCGUACUACGCCAAGGGACCCGUGAUCUCGGCGGUCGGGGGCCCGCAUAUCGGGCCCGGUAGGGCUUGGCCCAUGGCGGCCAUCGUGGCGGGCAUGACGGCCUACGAGUAG